AUGAUGGUUACUUAUCGCUUCACUGGUUCAAAAUCAGAAUCAUUAUUUCUACAACGAUUAAAUCCACGUAAAAUUAGUUGGACAGUACUUUAUAGACGCAUGCAUAAAAAAGGUAUCACCGAAGAAAUUGAUAAAGGUUCUCGUGGACAACCUAAAAUAUCAAAACAACAAGCUCGUGGUGCACAUCAAAAAGUUGCAGCAAAGAGUCGUUAA